AUGUCUAAUACCGUCCAUGUUUCCAACAUUGCCUCUACCACUGGAGAGAAGGAGGUUAGAGACUUCUUCACCUUCUGUGGUAAAAUCACUUCACUAUCCCUCAAUCCUUCAUCAGGCGAGAAAGAUGCGACCCAAUCUGCCACAGUGACGUUUGAAAAAGAAACAGCCGCAAAAACUGCCCUUCUUUUGGAUCAAACUCAAUUGGGAUCCUCUUCUGUUCAUGUUACCUCAGCAAGGUCUAUCGAUGAAAUUGCAGGAAGCAAGACUACGGAUGCUUCACACGCCACAGACGAAAAUAACCAAGACCUCGAACAAGAAGACAAGCCCCGCUCAAGAAUCUUCGCCGAAUACCUUGCUCAUGGCUACGUAAUCAGCGACAACGCGAUCGAGAGGGCUAUCGAUAUCGACAAAAAGCACGGCUUCUCGAGCCGCUUCCAAACCGCGCUGGCCAAUUUUGACAAGAAGUAUCACGCCACCGACAAGGCCAAGGGUCUUGAUGAGAACUACAAGAUCACUGAGACUGCUGAACGUGGCUGGAAGAGCUUAAGCUCAUAUUUUGAGAAAGCAUUGGGCACUCCAACUGGACAAAAGAUCCGAGACUUCUACGUCAACAGCAACAAGCAGGUGCAGGAUAUCCACACUGAAGCAAGACGCUUGGCAGAUUUGAAGCGGGAGAAAUCGCCAGGUGUGGAAGGUAGCCAGCACAAGGAGCAGCCUACAGGCGGUGUUCCUGUCACCGGCUCCAAUCCAAGUGCUCCAGCUCCAGGUAGUGCUGCCUAG